CUCUCUUACGGCAUGCCCGAAUACGCCAAAGCGAGCACCAAUGGCACUGAAGGUGGUAUCAUCAGUGCUAAUGCCGAUGUCUUUCAAUUCAGGACUGAGGAUUUGGGGGGUGGGAAUGUUAAGCUUGUUAAUGUUGAGGCUAAGGGGGAGGGCUCGGUGGCGCCUACGGUUGAUUGGAGUGCUUGUCAGAGUGGUGAUGAUGAUUAUGCUGUGUAUUCUGGUGGAUUACUUCGAUGCCAUGCGUUUGAGAUGGUGCUUAAGGUCACGGAUGCUGCUGCUCCUCAGUACUAUCAUUAUUGGGACGAGUAGAUGGUUUGUGUCGGAGGAAAAUGAUUGUCGAAAAGGAAACUUGUACUAAAUGGCCUACUUACUUGCAUUGUUGCUUGUGCGGUAUGCAGGAGACGUGGUACAAAUUAGUCAAGUCAUGGAUAAGUGUAGAUAGUUCAAAAUUAAUCAUAACUGCAAUGGCGG